CCGGGAAAUGAUAGAAAGUAGAAUUACGACCAGCAUGUCAGGAAUUCUCGAAAAUUCAGGUCAUCAUCCCUCUCCACAAGACUACAGACUUCUGACCACAGACCCCUCCCAGCUCCGAGAGGAGGAUCUCCCCGGGGACCUGCAGUCUUUGUCGUGGCUCACCUCUGUAGACGUUCCCCGGCUUCAGCAGAUGGCCGAUGGUCGCGGUGGUGGCGAAGGAGACUUCAACGGGCCUUCCCAGGGGCUGGGGGCCAGCCUGCUGGAGCAGCAGACAGCUCAGAUGAACAACAUAACCAUGGCAGGGGGACAGGGAGCCAUGAUCCACCUACAGAGCAACAUGCAGCACAGCCCCCUGGGAAUUAAUGUCAUCACCGCCCAAAGCGGAAGUAUGUCUCCAUUCUCCAUGAAUGGACAGCCCUCCCCAGGGUACCAAUGCCCUGCCUCUGUCUACCAACCUACACCCCAACAAGUGUUCACUCUGACCCAGACUAGCCAGCAGUGUACUCCUGCUGGGCUCUAUGGCAAUGUCUCGUUCAACAACCAAAGCCUGUUCACACAGCCGCGCCUGGCUCCACAAAACCAGGACCUGCAGCCCAAGACUUUCCCCAAGCCCAUCUACUCCUACAGCUGUUUGAUCUCUAUGGCUCUGAAGAACAGCAAGACAGGCAGUCUCCCUGUCAGCGAGAUCUACACCUUCAUGAAGGAACAUUUCCCCUACUUUAAGACAGCACCAGACGGAUGGAAGAACUCAGUCCGACACAACCUGUCGCUAAACAAGUGCUUUGAGAAGGUGGAGAACAAGACGAGUGGGUCGUCUCGUAAGGGCUGCCUCUGGGCCCUGAACCCGGUCAAGAUCGACAAGAUGGAGGAGGAGAUGCAGAAGUGGAAGCGUAAGGACCUCCCAGCCAUCCGCCGCAGCAUGGCCAACCCAGAUGAGUUGGACAGGUUGAUCACGGACCGGCCGGAGAGUUGCAGACGGAAGCCCAUGGACCCCGGGAUGACCCGUCUGCCUAUCUGUCCAUCUGGCCUAUCCCUGCCUGUCCCGGGCCAGAUGCAACCCCAGCCCAUGGUCACCCUGUCUCUGCAGUGCCUGCCCAUGCACCAGCACCACCAGCUCCAUGCCCAGGCCAGGCUGGCCCCGGUGUCCCCCCCCCCUGCCCAAACGCCCCCCCUGCACACCGUUCCUGACCUCUCCAACAGCCUCCUCGCUACCCAGCAUCCCGGCAAGCAGCCGCACGAGUUCUACAGUCUCCAUGGUGAGGUCAACGCAGAGGUGGACACACUGGACACCAGCAUCAUGGACUUCGCCCUACAAGGUAACCUGUGGGAGAUGAAAGACGACAGCUUUAACCUGGAGGCUUUGGGCACCUUCAGUAACUCUCCCCUGCGUUUGUCUGACUGUGACAUCGGCACCAUGACGGGCAGCCUCCCUCCAGUCUACAGCGGGGGCAGUAUGCCCUUCUCAGACCUACAGGUGACGGGCAUGUACACCUCCUACGCCGCCCUGGACACCCUCUCCUCCCAAUACAUGGGCACGCCAGGCAACAGCAAGCCCAUCACUGCCCUGCUUUAAUGAAAACAUCCCCUGCACCACAAGGGAAACCACAAGGGGAGAGCUGCAACGAGGCAUCACCAACAAUACAAACACUUUUUUUAUUUGUUGCUGUGGCUCUACUUGUCAAUCACACUCCUGGCACCAAAAAGCCCCCAACAUCCUCCACUGAAAAGCCUGAAUCCUCAUUGCUUUUCUCCAUCCCCGAUGACAGAGCAACUUGUGUUGCCAUACCUAAGCCACUACUUCAGAUGAGAGAAAGAAGUCUGCUCGGAGGGUGAUUUGAUCAAAGUCAUUGCUUUUUUACCUGUGUGGUUUUACAAUGGGAGUAACCAAUGAGGAAAACUGAAAUUCGGGAGGAAAUUGACUAAAAUAUAGUGAUGUCUCCCUUGGUGGGGGGGGGGGGACGACGACUUUGCCAAGCAAAGACCCCAGAGCUGUCCUACACUGUUCGUACACAAACCUAGCAGGCAACAGGAACCAUCUCUGCCAGUUUUGUACAAUGUUGACUUCCCUGUGUUUGUAAGCCUUACCAUGGCACUGUUAGUUCCCUGUUAUUUAGCUAUUGUGUGUAUUGUGCUAGGCAGUAUUACUGUGAUGUUUUAUUUAUUAAAUGGCAGCUGGAGAAGGGGAGGAAUUUAUCGAACACCGUUUACUGUAUAUUUGUGUUUUAAAUCCCUGUGAUCUCCACUGAAAAGCUUGUUUCUUAAACAGUAUUUAUCCAUACAUUCCAAAACCUGUCUAAUAAUAGCAUUUGUAGACCAUUUGACAAAUUUCAGCAUUUGAAAAUAUGCUCAAAUCUGUCAAAGUCCAAAUUCAUAAUAUUCAUUGAAUUAUUCACAACUUUUGGGAGGAUGUCAGGCUACAUGUACUGUUAAAUCACAAUGGAUAAAUAAAA